CAAAGCUUCCCAUCAGUAUACAUAGUUCAUACCAUCUUACUCUCCUUCACACUAUCCAUGGCUCUCAUCUCAAAACUCAUUCCUUUCCUAUUCUUAACAACCCUUUUAUUGUCCCUCCAAGUUAAGGCCAGAGACAGCCAGUUCUUCAGCAAAGUCACCCCUCUCAACAACAACAACAACCUCAAAGAGACAGAAGUUCCUAAAAAUGAAGGGUCAGUAGUAAACAAGCCAGAGCAACAACCAACCUUCAUCCCUGAGACCGAAAACAGCUAUGGUCUAUAUGGUCAUGAGACUGGUCUACACCCUCCCACCACUACCACAAGCAAUGCUGCAUCCUACACAACCACCACCACUUACCAACCAUACAAAACUACCACAGCUGAAGAAGACAUCGCCAACACCAAAUACUCCAACAACAACAACUACUACAACUUCAACAAGGAUGCCUAUAACACCAACCAAAAUGAGUUGAGUGAAACAAGACUCACUGACACUUCUUACAACAACAACAACAACUACUUCUACAACAACAAGGAUGCAUUUGGUAAGCAAAAUGAGUUGAGUGACGCAAAGUACAACACAGAAGGAGGAUACAACUCCAUGGAAAAUCAAAACAACAACAACAAUGGAUAUUACUACAACAACAAUGCUGCCAAUGAGAGAUACUACUAUAAAAACAAUGAUGCUGCCAACAACAACAGGUACUACAAAACUAAAUCUGUCAACAACAAUUACAACAGCGAGAGACAGGGGUUAAGUGACACGAGGUUUAUGGAGGGUGGAAAAUACUAUUAUGACAUUAACUCUGAUGAUAAGUACAACCAGCCAACACAUUAUGGUGGUUCAUCCAGAGGAGUGAACUCCGAGAAUUGGUACAACAACAGGGGUUACUUUGGAAACAACAAUGUGAACUCCUAUGAGAACAAGAACUCCAUGGAAGGUUACAAGAACCAAGAGGUGUUUGAAGAUGACCAAGAGGACUUCGAGCCUUGAGCUUGAAUAAUUAUUACAGCGAAGAGUUCAUUUUGCUUUUGUUUUAGUGGGUGCUCCAUGUUUUACUUUAUAAAUUACAAAAAAUCAUAAAGGGUACUAUAUUAGGAUAAUUUAUUGAGGGGUUUUACUUAGUGAUAAUCUUGUGAAAUCUUGCUUUUGGAAUUGCACAGUCUAUGUGAUGGUUUGAAAAUAUGGCAUGAAGUAUGAAGCAUUUGUAGUUUUUGCUAUCAACAAA